ACAGCAUCAGUGGGCGGGGUUUCACUCUCACACUAAAUAUUCAAAAUGGCGGACAGAGGAUCAACGACUCAAGAUGAGCGCUCAACUGCAGAUUCAACAAGCUGCCCAACAGAAUUGAGUGAAAGCACAAUGGAGAACGGCACACAUGGAGUUCAAGUAGCUCAAACGAACGGCCUCAACGCCCAGAAACCAAAUGGACAAGCGACAAGUGCAAUCAGUAAUGUGCAAGCGCAAGCGUUGCUCCAACAGUUGAGUUUGACUCCAGCGCAGCUGUUGUUGCAGCAGACGCAGGCGCAGCUCUUGGCCGCAGCCGUGCAGCAGUCUGCAGCUCAACAGAGCAGCACCACAGGAGCGAACAUCUCCGCCUCCGCUGCCACGCCCAUCACGCUGUCGCAGCCCAUUCAGAUCGCUUCUCAGUUGCAGCCGCAGGGUUUGAACCUGCAGCAGUUUGUGUUAGUUCAGCCCGGUCACUCCAUUCAGCCGCAGUUCAUCAUCUCUCCAUCUGCUCAGGGUCAGAGCUGUCUCCUGCAAGCUCCGAAUGUUCUGACUCAACUACCUCAAAGCCAAGCGAACCUUGUGCCCGCUCAAACCAGCAUCACACUAACUACACAGGCAGCAACGCCAACGAGAAAGAUAGCGGCGAUGCCAUCUGCGGCGGCGCCCGCUCCGAAACGCAUCGACACGCCAUGUGUGGAGGAAGCCAGUGACCUUGAAGAGCUCGAACAGUUUGCAAAGAAUUUUAAACAGAGACGCAUUAAACUGGGCUUUACUCAGGGUGACGUGGGUUUGGCGAUGGGAAAACUCUACGGCAACGAUUUCAGUCAGACCACCAUCUCCAGAUUCGAGGCGUUGAACUUGAGCUUUAAGAACAUGUGUAAACUCAAACCAUUACUGGAGAAAUGGCUCAAUGACUCAGAGAACAUGACUUCUGACUGUGUGGUGUCGAGUCCAAGCGAGAUGUCUCCGGGUCUCUGUGAGAGUCUGAACCGCCGCAGGAAGAAGCGGACCAGCAUCGAGACCAACAUCCGUCUGGCGUUAGAGAAGAGCUUCCUGGAGCAGAAUCAAAAACCGUCAUCGGAGGAGAUUACUCUGAUCGCAGAUCAGCUCAAUAUGGAGAAGGAGGUGGUGCGUGUUUGGUUUUGCAACCGCAGACAGAAAGAGAAGAGAAUCAACCCGCCCAGCAGCAGCAGCUUGCCCAGCACACCCAUCAAACCCAUCUACAGCUCCACACCAGCGGUGUCGAGCAGCACAAACACUCUCACAGUGAGUCCAGUAGUUUCUCUGAACGCCAGCAACAUUCCCAACAUCACUUUCAGCGGUGCUGCUCUGGGUCAGGUGACCUCUAACGCAGCGUCGGUCAUCUCCAUGGCGCCUGCUGUGGCCACACCUGCCCCUGCUGUGACAUCACCAUCAUUGAGCCCAUCCGCCACGGCUGUGGCGCUGCCCGCUGCGAAACAGGCUGCCACCCCACAGACUGUUUCCACAACAACGACAGUCACGCCGGGGGCGGGUCAGCUGGUGGUGACGGGCACGGGACUGGGCGGAGCGAAUCUGGCAGCGGUCGCUGGUCUGAAUCCAGCCAUCUUAACACCCUCACCGUUCACUCAAGGUGGAGCGCUGUUCAGUUUGACUCCUGCUCUUGGAAACGCUCUGAGUCCAGCGUUCAUGAAUAACAACACACUGGCCACUAUACAGGCUCUUGCGUCCGGCGCGGCACUGCCGAUAACGUCCAUCGAUGGAAGCACGAGUCUGCUGUUCGCCAACACAAGCGCAACAAACACUGCGCCCAGUCUGAUGACCACGCCCCUUUUCCUCAACCCAUCCAGCCUCUCUCUGCUGUCAGGGGGCGGGGCUUUCAACUUGCAGGUGACCAAUGACGUGCAGGCUAAAAGCGUCGUUGUGGCCUCGAAGGCGCAGUGAGCGUCUAGUGACUCUUUUAAUCUUUAUACUAUUUAAUUCUGUUGCUAUUACCAAAAAUUCGGACCCAUGUAGUUCCUCCCUCGGACUGACUGUGUCCGCAAGACGUCUUCAUUUCUUGCGUUUAUCGCACGAUGUUUCACACUUUAACAGUGCGGAAUGAACUGUAUUUUUGCAUUUCCUGAAAUCUGUUUCUUAAGCUUCUAACGUCUAAAUUAACCAAAAACUUUUUCAUGACAGGAAAUCCUUCAUAAGAGAUUAUUUCACGAAACAGAGUUUAUAUUUCUCUUUCUAUGAUGGUUUCUGUUGUUUUUAUUUGGGGGUUUGUUAAAUGGGCUGAUUGUAGAUGAUUUCAAAUUUAUAACCAAAAGCAUUUCAGUUCUUUUAUGUUGUGUACUUUAAGAAAAGUUAAUGCAGUUACUGAAAUAGAAAUUCUAUCAGAUGUAUGGGGAGGUUUUUUACACUAGUAUUCUAACUUUAUACAUACGGUUAGAAGGCUUUAAAUCUAGUAAUAUUAAAUCACAGUGAGUUUCUCCUGUGAAAAGAUGCAAAUGAUCUUUUGAUCUGUCACUGAUUCUGUUUGUAGUUUCAUAUCAAUCAUCGACGGUUGACGUUCACAUCACAUCAUACAUGUUCAUUAAAUCUGUGUGGAUUUGACGCUUGUGCUGUGAUAUAAAAUACUGGAUGAUGAAUGUGUUUAUUUUCACUUUCCUUGUGAUUUUAUUCAUUAACACGUUUAGUAACCUGAGUGUGAUCUACUAAAUUUGAUGACAAAUGUAACAUUGUGUCCUGAAAACACACAGUGCAAUAAGACAACAUGUUAAUUACAAUUUUGCUCUUAAACAUCUUAUAUAUUGCCCUCUGUAGCCCCACCCACUGUGAAAUCUCACUGGUCCAAAAACGUCAUCUGUCUUCUGAUUGGUUGUAAUUUUGUUGCGUCACACAGUGUAAACACACAAACUUGUGCUGGUGUAACUGUGUCUCUGUUUUAUGAAGAAGGUCAAAAAUAAAAUGCAAACUAAAACCA